UGGAAGCAGAUUUUUGUGUACAUAGCGAAAAGAUAAUCCGCGUAACUUGAAUAUUAAUGCUGACCUGAUCAAACAAAUAAAAUCAGGAGUACUAAAAAUCAAUAACAAAACACCGGCUUCAAUUAGCCAGCUCGGUUAUCUCUCUUGGUCCACCCCUUCCCAACUCUUCAGGUGCCCCGGGCAAACACAGACUUAUCUGGAGUGCCGCCGCAAGAGAAUAUAAAUUCCCUGGUAGCCCAAAGGCCAGGAUUCAGUCGGUGCCACUUGGUCGCGAUGUACAGAACGUGGGGCGUCUUACUGGGCGGGAUCCUCCUGCUGCAGGUUCUACAACUAUCCCUGGGCCUCGAUAAUGGUCUGGCACUCAAACCGCCCAUGGGUUGGAUGUCCUGGGAACGUUUCCGUUGCAUAACCGAUUGUCAACUUUAUCCCGACGAGUGCAUCAGUGAGAACCUUUUCCGAAGACAUGCAGAUCUUUUGGUUUCCGAGGGCUAUGCGGAUGCUGGCUACGAGUACAUCAUAAUAGAUGAUUGCUGGCUGGAGAAGGAUCGUGACAACAAAACCCAAAAACUAGUACCAGACAAGAAACGCUUUCCCAGCGGAUUAAAUGCGCUAUCAGAUCAUAUUCACAACAAGGGUCUGAAGUUUGGUUUGUACCAAGACUACGGCACCAAUACCUGUGCUGGUUAUCCCGGAGUGAUAAAGCACAUGAGGCUGGAUGCCCAGACCUUCGCCGAGUGGGAUGUAGACUAUGUGAAGCUGGAUGGAUGCUAUGCCAAUAUCAGCGACAUGGCCACCGGGUAUCCGGAGUUCGGACGCCUCCUAAAUGAGACUGGUCGACCGAUGGUUUACUCCUGUAGUUGGCCUGCUUAUCAAGAGGAGGCCGGGGAAAUGCCCGACUAUGAGUCCCUCAAGAAGCACUGCAAUCUUUGGCGCAACUGGGAUGAUAUCGAUGAUUCUCUGGAGUCACUCAUGCAGAUCAUGGACUACUUUGCCAAGAACCAAGACAGGAUUCAGCCGCAUGGCGGCCCAGGACACUGGAACGAUCCCGACAUGCUGCUGCUGGGAAACUAUGGUCUGAGCUAUGAUCAAAGCAAGCUCCAGAUGGCCAUUUGGGCAAUUAUGGCGGCGCCUCUAAUUAUGUCCAAUGAUCUGGCGGCAGUGCGUCCUGAGAUUAAGGAAAUUCUGCAGAAUCGCGGGGUAAUUGCUGUGAACCAGGACGAGCUGGGCAUCCAGGGGCUUAGAGUCCUGACCCGCAACCAAAUCGAAGUCUGGAGACGACCCAUUACUCCAGUGACCAAGAAUGGACAUCACUCGUACGCCGUGGCUUUCGUCAGUCGCCGGGAUGAUGGAGCUCCCUACAGGAUCCCCUUCACAGCCAAGGACCUCAAGCUGGUCAAUCCCAAGGGAUAUCGCGUGCAGGAUCUGUACGAUGCCAGCAACAAGUUGGGAAUCUUCCAAUCCGAGAGUCAGUUCAUCACACGCAUUAAUCCCAAUGGCGUAACUUUCUACAAGUUUACAGCGUUGUAACCCGAAGAUAUGCAAAUCAGCCGCUGCCAUCAAAUCGAAUAUGCUCCUAAACACACUAUUUCACAUGGCCAUCUACAUUGCCAAGAUGGGCUGCUUAAUAAAUAACAAGGUACAUCAUAGCCGAAGAGUUCA